GGUUUACGGACUUAAGUCGUAAUGUCAGUCCACUAGCCAUUGUUGCACAUACAAAUAAUUAUCAAUUAUCAUCUCCGAGUGACUUUUUGUUACCACACAGCGUCGAUCUACCGCGGAACUCGUCGCACAUUUCGAAAUAAUAUUAUAUAAAUACCGCAGCUGAACGUACAAAACCCGAGAAACAAGAUGUUUGUCCUGUCUCAAGCCGUCAUUUCUGUGUUCGCUUUUACGGUAUUGCUGAAUGUCUUCUACUUUGAUCCCACCCAAUCGGCGGAAACUCUUACAAACUUCACGUCGUGCAAUGAAUGCACGAAUAACACAUGCUACACACAAAAUAAUAACUCGUGCAUAAUCCUUGCAGACAAUUCUACGUAUUCGUGUCUCAUGUGCAAUUCAACUCUUGUAAACGGCGACACCCAGUUCUACAGUCUACACGACUGCUAUGGGGCGUGUAUGAACAAGUCAAAGUGUACGUGCGACGGUGCUUGUUACGUGUGCGCCAUACAUUCCGACCCGACCCAGAUGGUAUGCUCAAUGCCGACUCAGAUGGUGAACACAACUUGUAUUCCGGCUCCGUACGUACCUCCAAAAAAUACAUCUUCAAAAAAUUCUCCAACAUCGGGUUAGGUAAAAAAAAAAAUAAUUGCAAUUAUCUACAUAUUAAUACAUCCAAUACAAUCACAACGAUGAUUUUUAUAUCACGGUAUAAUACCACACAAUAUUUUUGCAUACGAUAUUAGCCGCGUCAACGACUUUUUGUCAACAGAUCACAGAAAAUUUGUUUGUCUAUAUAUAAAAAAAAAAUACCUAAAUUAUAUUAUUAUUGUUAUUCAAA